GUGCCCUCGCGCGUGUUCGACGGACGGCCACGAGACAACGGCCCCGGUGUGCUCUCUUCCACCGCGUGACGGUGUCGACGAGUGGUUUCGUUUUAGGCUCAGCUACGACCACGACCACGACGCUGGGCUCGAUGACGGUGGACCUUUCGCCGGGACAGCAGUCCAAGUGCUCGCGAUCGCAGCACGACGACGCGAUGCCCGGCGGUCCGGCGCCUCCGUCCUUUCUCAUACGGGACAUUUUGAGCGAGCCGACCGGUCCCGGCGCUGCGGCCGCGGCCGCGGCCGCGGCUGCGGGUUUGGCGGCGGCUGGGAUCCCGUUCGGACAUCACCCGCUUCACCCCUUGGCUCACCACCUGCCCAGGCCGCUGAGUCCCGCUGACAGCUACUCGAGGCACUCGGACCGGGACGACGGACAAGGCAGCGAAUCUCCCGAGCGCACGUCGGAGUCCCCUCCCGGCGGCAGCGUGUGCGCACUCAAGAUGAAGAAGCAGCGCAAGGCGCGCACGGCCUUCACGGACCACCAGCUGCAGACGCUCGAGAAGAGCUUCGAGCGGCAAAAGUACCUGAGCGUCCAGGACCGCAUGGAACUGGCCGCCAAACUCAACCUGACCGACACCCAGGUCAAGACCUGGUACCAGAACAGGAGGACAAAAUGGAAGCGCCAGACAGCCGUGGGCCUGGAACUCCUCGCCGAAGCCGGCAACUACGCCGCCGUGCAGAGGAUGCUCCAGACGGCGCCAUACUGGCUGUCCAGCUACACGGGCCUCUCACCGCAGUCCUCCCUGAGCACCAUGGCGGCGCUAGACCUCUACUACCGACAAGCGGCGCUGCAGAAGCCCAUGGCCUACCGGCUGUACCCUGGAGUACCAGGAGUACCAGGGGUACCAGGGGUACCACCAGGAGCACCUCCCGGUCUACCAGGAACCACGCAUCCGGGCUCCGGGCCACAGCCGGCGUCCAACGCCCCGAACGGACUGUCUUCACCCAUCCCCGUGUCCUCUGGACCACCGCCACAUCCUUCCACGACGUCGCCUCCCACGAGCACGUCUUCGUCGUCACCGCCGACGUCCUCGUACUUGGCGACCAGGGAGUCCUGCUAGGAACUUACUUCAAACUGGACUCCAGAACUGCUCCAUUUGUAGAAAACACGAACGAACGAAAAAGAGUUCUUUUUUUUUUUUCCUCUCCACUCCCACCUCUGGCCAUUUCAUCUUCGGCAACUGUGGAUGAUGAUGGUGGUGUGUGUACAUAGACAGUGAUGGACGUGAUUGAGGGUAUGGGUGUUGUGUGAUUGUGAUAACGACUUUUUUUCUGGCAGUUUUUUAUGUUUCUUUUUUUUUAAUUGUGGAUGACACUGCUGGAAAAAUGGAUGGAGGACAUGCGGCUGGCUUCGCGACGCACGUGAGCCUUUGUGACGCGCGGUUUCUUGAAUAUAGGAGCAGCGAAGACGAGUUGAAGAUGAGCUGUCGACGAAUAACGCGCGUGGUGUUGUAUAGCAUUUCUGGCAACUAUGUUCUUACGGUGUGUAUUUUUGGCGAGCAUUUCAGGCUACUCCGCGGUGCAAUCUUUAGACUUUGAUAAUGUCGUUUCUGGUAAUACGUACUCUUUCUGCCAGGGGUCGUGUACGAACAGUACACGUACAAUGAGCUCUGCGUAAAAAUUCAUGUUUCUGACGUCCUGCUAAGGCGGUGGCCCUGUCUGGGAAAUAGCGUAAACGCGGAGCCUUCGCUCUCUGCAGAACAAGCUCCUGCGCAUUCAAAGUUUAUAAACAAUGAGGUGAUCAAUACCAAAGACCGCGUGAAUGCAUUAUUGGGGAACCGCUCCACUUUCGAACCCACGCAAAAUGUCUUGCCAUGCCAGGGGUUUUCACAUCACUCACGUCAAUAUUUAUUUUUCUCUGCAUCUUCUUAUCUUUAGAAUGUAAUUUGCUUCCUUUUGUCUCGCUGAAAGUCAUUCGGUACUUUCCCAACACAGUUUGUCUUUUCUUAGACAGUGAAGAAACACUCGCCAAAGUUGUAACACCCUCAUGGAAUAUACGCACAAAAAGCCUGGCCUUGUCAACAUCUAAGUCAACACACUGCACAAACAUAUUAUAUGAAUCCACAAAAAUAAACACAACAACUUCAAGAACAGCAAUAAGCUAGAAUACUGCGAAAAGUGUGAAUACUAUUUUCGCCAGAACGACAGAAAAUACCAAAACGGGUUGAGCCGCGGAGUGCCUGGAUUGCUCAUCAUCAGGACACGAUGGUAGCUCUUUCACUCUAGGACAAUUUUAUGCAGAGGACACUAUUUCUGCUCGAAAAGAUUCGUCGAUGUGCCAGCGAAGAUCUCAAAAUGUAGUGCCCUCGUAACGACGGAAAAAAUUAAUAAAAUAAGUUAUUUUCGAGCAGGAAUCUUGGUCCAAGAGCGUCGCCGCAGGGACAAUAUAGUGCUUUUAGGUACCCUUGUAAAUAAAUUUGUAUUUGUUGCGUAGGUGGCAAUAAAAAAAGCAAGAAAACGAGAUCG